AUGCGCCUCGAUCGACCUGCCGGUUUCUACGCAUUCUAUAUACCUUAUCUCAUCGGCAUCACCUACGCAUCUUGUAUCACAACGGUGCCACCAAGGAUGUCGGCGACAAUGCGGUUGGCGGCAGGUCUCAUCCCCUUUGCUGUGUUGUUGCGCGGUGCCGCAUGCACGUGGAACGACAUUGUCGACCAACGGUUUGACCGCCGUGUCGCCAGAUGCCGACAUCGCCCCGUCGCUCGUGGCGCUGUCUCGACGCACCAGGCCCUCGUCUUCAUGUUCGCACAAAUCGCCCUGUGGGGCUACUAUCUCUAA